CAGCUCAUCACCAGCCGCCGCCGUCAGUCAGUCAGGUGUGGCCGCGGCGGUGGGGAGGCAUUCCGACCGGAGACAGCGCUGUUCCAGCCGAGGCUAAAACUAGCGACUAGCCGCGGAGCCUGGAAACAUGAGCCGCCGUCCGAGCACCGAGUCCGCCAGAUGACCGAAGUUCCCUCAUCCUGAAACCCUGAAGUAGAAGAAGAAGAAGUGAGAUCUGUGACUCCACCUGACCGCUGGGGAAAGCGAAGUGAAACAAGGGAACAGAAACGGGAACGCCUCGCUCCGGCUGAUUUGGGACCAGAACCGGCACAAUGCCUCGGUGAUGGAGUAGCUGCGGGUCCAGAGCCGUGGGUGCGGCGCUGCUCCGGCGGGACGGGGAUCGGCUGCAGGAGGGCGGCUGUGACAUGCUGAACGCUGCGGCGCUGCAGAAACGCUGUGUCUGGAUUCACCUGGAAAUGUUCCCCGACCGGAGCUGCUGAAGUAAACGCAAACUGCAUGUGCUCCUGGGGGGGUCAGAGGUCACCUCCUCAUAUGAAACUGGUUUUACUGGGAAAGUGGAAACGCGGCCAUUCAGAUGGCAGGAAAAGACUACAAUCAUCUCUUUAAGCUGCUCAUCAUUGGAGACUCCAAUGUGGGGAAGAGCAGCCUGCUGCUGCGCUUCGCAGACAACUCCUUCUCCGGCAGCUACAUCACCACCAUCGGAGUGGACUUUAAGAUCCGGACGGUGGACAUGGAGGGCGAGCGCGUCAAGCUGCAGAUCUGGGACACGGCGGGCCAGGAGCGGUUCAGAACCAUCACCUCCACAUACUACAGGAACACGCACGGCGUCAUCAUCGUCUACGACGUGACCAACCCGGAGUCCUUCGUCAACGUCAAGCGCUGGCUGAACGAGAUCUCGGAGAACUGCGACAACGUCUGCAAGAUCCUGGUGGGGAACAAGAACGACGAUCCGGCCAAGAAGAAGGUGGACACCCAGGACGCCGUGCAGUUCGGGGCGUCGCUGGGCGUCCCUGUUUUCGAGACGAGUGCCAAAGAAAAUAAAAACGUAGAAGAGAUGUUCAUGGCGUUUACCCGCAUGGUGCUCCACGCCAAGAAGGAAAGCCGGGACCGCGCCGAGAGGGAGCGCUUCCGGGAGAAAGACACGGUCAACAUCAGCACCCAGAAGGACCGCGGCCACCGCAAGCGAGCCAAGAAGUGCUGCUGAGGCUCUGUGGCGGCGCGGAGCUGCAGCGCAGAGCUGCUGCUGCGGCGCUGCUGCGACCUGGAGCUGCUGCUGCGGCGCUGCUGCAGCACGGAGCUGCUGCUGCGGCACAGAGCGGCCGGCGGUUCAUGGUUCAACCUGAGGGAAAAGUCUGCAGCACUGACCAGGAGCUGAGGCAGCAGGCCGCUGUUUCACCUGUUUCACGCUCUCUGCAUGGCUCCGCCACGUUUAGGAAAACUAAAUAUUCCUCCAUAUGCACUCGGAUGCAAAUCUGAUCCAUUCAUACAUAUUUUAUAACUUAAGACAAUAAGAUGAAAGUUUGUGGUUUUAUGGAUUAAACUGGACAUGAAACAAAUGAUCAGCUUUUCCCACCUGAAGCUGUAGAAAUAUCCCAUUUAAUCAGAUUUAUUUUCCCCCUGAAAACUGUAAUCGUUAAAAAGCUAAACAUUAAAAAGGCUGUGAUUAAUAAUUCCUCCUGAAGUGAACUAAUAUCUUCUGGAGAAGCUUCCAGACGUUUGGUCCGACGGCAGCUGACGGGGUAAAAACACCGGCCUGUUCCUUUAACUUCACUCCUGAACCUGUUGGGUUUUUCUGUUUUGAUCCUCAAAGGGACAGUUUGUUACUAAAUGAUGAGUUUGGUAAUCUGCCUCGUUUCAGUCUGAAUGGCUUCAUAACCUCCUGUGAGCUUUUAAUGUCUGCUGCCAUGAAAAGGUUCAAAUAAAGCAAUAAGCCCAGAUGUUCACUAAAUCCUCCUCAUGUCUGUAAAAUGUUCUGCCUGGCGUGUAGAAAUGCAUCCGUCUGCUGCUGUUUGUGAUGCUUUUUACAGAAAAUAAACGUUUAAAGUUUCUGGUG